GGCGGUAGGGAUAGGCGGAGGUGAGGGUGGCAGCGACGCCGUGAGGGUAGGUGGAGGCAAGGGCGUAGUUGUGCCCCUGACUCAGUGUGUGACAGAGGUGGCGGCAGUAGUGAGAACGACGCGAGGUUGGCGGUGCCGAUUAAGCGCGGGAGACCUAGGUGAUGGCGGACUUCAUGGAGAGCAACCUCUUCCGCCCCACCGCCCCGAGAGAGCCGUUUUUCAAGAAGCCCAGGCGGAAGAAAAUCAAAGUAGACGAAGACACUGACGCUUUUGACCAAGAACCUCCCAAAGAUUCUCGUCCCUUCGCAGCCAUCGGGGUGGCGUCCCUCGCAGCCUCCCAGAUCUUAGACACUCACGCCACGAAGCAGAAGAAGGUGAUGGUCACCAACGGCCUCGUGAGAAUACCCGGACCGCCCGUCACGCCCACGCGCAGGAGGAGGAACAUCCCUACAAAUGCUUCCCAGUCAAGUCCGUCUCCCUCCACGAAGGAAACCCGCUCGCCGCAGAGGGUGGCUGUAGGCCGCUCGAGGAGUUUCAGGGCUAAAAAAGGACACGACUAUGAGAACGUGUCUUUACGGAGAAAUUCCAUAGUUGGGCUGCAGGUGUUGAAAAUCUUAGCUGAGCGGGAGGCUAGUACUAGCGGCGAUGGUGAAGUUUCCAGUGUCUGUCAAGUCCUGGAGCAGUUCAACAAGAUGAAUUUGGUGCAAGAUAAGACGAAACAGACCGUCAGCGAAGAAAAUAAACGCAAAGUCGAGGCCUCAAAAACGAGCCAAGACAACAACGUUUCUCAAACUAAGUCGGUCCAUGCAAAGGACAAAAAUAGUGAUAAGGACCACGAGCUAGCACAGACGCCUGAGUCCUCGGGGAAAAAGCCUGUGACUUCCGAAGGGCCUCCGCAGAAGAUAGAAGAUGCCUGCAAGAAGUGUGUGAACAAUAAAACUUCCCCCGACACGACGCAAAAUGGCGGGGAGGAUUCCGAUCUUCAGCCCUGCAAAAAGCACAGGCAAGACAAACGCAAAAAACUCUUACGACUCCUACGCUUGCUCUUAGGACUCAGCUGGAAAAGGAAACCCAGGAAAGAAGACAAACAGUUCUUGAUCACAGAGGAAGUCACUCAGGAGGAAGACAGUAGCCGUGGAACCGUUCACAAGAAGCCUAAAUUGUCCAAGAAGGUGUCGUUCAGAACCAAGCACUGCAUAGACGACCAGGCGGCGGGGUCGAGGGGCGAGCCGGCCUUCUUGGUGUCAAAGAAGAGGAGGCCCAGGAAAAAGAACAUGCGUCGCGCCAGUCGUCGUAUGAAGAAGUCUCUCGGUCGUGGGUGUCGGUACAUCGGGCACGGCCUGGCCAACAUGACUUCCAUGAUACCCGAAGCUUCUUACAUGGGGCCCAUCACCCCUUAUCGUGACUUCGACGACGACUACAUCACCGGCGACUACAUCUAGCGCUAAUUUUGGCCUUCAGGCGCGCGCGAUCAAAGCAACGAUGCAUGUGAUAUUAGUAUCCACAGCUGGUAGUCUCUUGAUACACCGUUAAGCGUGAUGUGUGUGUUGUAUGUGUGUGUGUGUGUGUGUAUGUGUGUGUGUGUGUGUGUGUGUGUGUGUGUGUGUGUGUGUGUGUGUGUGUGUGUGUGUGUGUGUGUGUGUGUUUGAGUGUGUGUGUGUGUGUGUGUGUGUGUGUGUGUGUGUGUGUGUGUGUGUGUGUGUGUGUGUGUGUGUGUGUGAAGAAUGUAUGGGAGAAGUUUUUUUUUAAUGUUUUGUUUUCAGUGUUUUCUUUUCUUUUUCUUUGUGUUUAGGAGUAAGAUUUAGCACAGGUUUAGGUUAUUCGUUUUUUAUAGAUCAAAUUGUCCAAUAAAGGCACUUUUCUGUUU